UCCCUCUCCCUCUCUCGCCUGCGGGGAGCAAAGCAAAUCCGAGCGAGCCAGGCUGCACCGGCGAUGGGCCGUGCCGCGGCCGGCCGGCCUCCUCCUCCUCCUCCUCUUCCUCCUCCUCCCCCCGCCGCCGCCGCCGCCGCCGGGGCCCUCCUGCCUCCCGUCUCCGGCCUGCUCCGCGUUCCUCCGGCGCGCUCCCGGCAGCGGCCCAUGGCCCGCUCCUGCUCGGCGCGGCUGCACGGCGAGGCGGCCGCCUUCACCGCCGCCCUCCGCUCCCUCGUCAACAACCCGCAGUUCAGCGACGUGACAUUCGUGGUGGGCCAGGAGAAGCGGGAGGUGUUUGCACACCGCUGCGUCCUGGCCUGCCGCUGCCAGGCCUUCCAGGGGAUGCUGAGCCAGGUGCCGGCGGGUGGCGAGGGUCCCCCUGGCAGCGUCCCACCGCAGGGCCCCCUCGUCCUGGGCAACGUGCAGCCCGAGGUCUUCCUGGCCGUCAUUGAGUUCCUCUACACCAACUGCGUGACCCUCAACAGCCACAUUGCCCUGGAGGUGCUGACCUCGUCGGUGGAGUAUGGCCUGCAGGACCUGUGCAAGCUCUGCGUCGAGUUCCUCAAGGAGACGCUGAGCGUGGAGCAGGUCUGCGAGGCGCUGCAGCUCCCUUGGGUGCCCUUGUGCCCAGCCAGUGUCCCCUCCCUUGGCUACCCUGGGGGAGUAUCCAAAACCCCGUGGAGGUCCAUCAUCUGGAGAUCCUGCAGCAAGGCCGCGGUGACCUACGGGCAGGCGGAUCUCCAGCAGCACUGCCUGGCGUUCAUCGAGGGCUGCACGGCGGCGGUCGUGCGGACGCGGGGCUUCCACGAGCUGUCGGACGCGGCGCUGGCGCGGGUGCUGCGCAGCGACCGCCUGGCCGUCGACGAGCUGGAGCUGGUGCAGGCCGUGCGGGAGUGGGCGCACGUGAGCUCGGCCGUGCUGGAGCGCCCGGUGCCCGAGGUGGCCGCGCUGCCCGUCCGCGAGCUCCGCUUGCCCUUGCUGGCGCCCAGCGAGCUGGCGACGCUGGAGAGCCACAACCGGCGGGACCGGCUCAUCCCGGUGGAGAGCAUCGCGGCGGCCUGGCGGUGCCACGCGCUGAGGAAGGGCGGCGGCGUGCCCUCGCGCCUCUGCCGGCCCCGGCGGGGCACGCGGCCCCGCGACCACCACCGCCACCUGCACCCCCGCGCCAAGUAGGGGCCCGUGCCGCGGGCGAGGGCCGGGUUGGGAGGGGGCCGGGCAGGCGGGCGCUGCCGAGAGCAGCGACCAGCCCCUGCACCCGCGCCGCGGCGCCGGGAGCCGGGGGCGCGCUGGGGCGCUCUCUCCCCCGACCCUGGGGGUGGAGGGGGGGUUCUGGGGGGUGCUGCUUGGAGAUGGGGCUGCCGGGGGGGGGGGUGCAGGGCCGUGGGAGGGGCUGGUGCCUGGGCACCGUGGCACCCGCGAGUGGGACCCUGCAGGCUCCCCGCACCCCAGGGCCGGCAUCAGCGCUGCGGGGAGUCCCUGCAGGGUGACCCCGGAGGGUGGUGGGGGCUCCGGGGGG